CGACAAGUCAUCUAAACUAUGUUUACAAAUUCCCCCGUUUUACCAACUAUUCAUUUACCUUCCUGUUUAAAUUAACUGACUCAACUUUGCGUCAAAAUGGAUAUUAUCUUGAGAACCAUUCUACUUGCACUAAUACUGACAACAGUAAUAGAGCUGUCAACACUUUUUGGACUGGUAGUCUACUGGCGAGUUGCUAGAGAGGUCCCAGUACAGCCAAGAUUGUGUUUUCCGUCAUCUGCUUUCGCCAGUAAUGUUAAUGUUUUACAAAAGUUGGAACAGGAGAAUGACGUGUAUUGUGGCAAUGCCAGCUAUGUGCUAGAUAUACUUGUGAACAAGACUGUUGCAGACAAAUACAACAAUAACGCAAAUCCAGAAUAUUCAACCCUAGACAUAACAGGAGAUAGCUGUGCAACUUCCGGCACAGAUGCGUCAUUGUUGAAAUUAGACAGUAUUUCAUUGCAUGCUAAACCCGUACCUGGAAAACCAACACAAAUAUACUGGAAAUCAAAAACAGCAUUAAACAAAACGAAAGAUAUGCGAUUCUUAGAGGAUUAAGGUUCAAUCUACAUACAGACGUCAGGUCAUUAUUAUGUAUCGUCCCAGCUGACAUCAAGAGUGGAGAACAAGACAUUCGGUGAAAAUAAUGACCAAACAUUAAAAUAUUUUUUGAUCUCAUAUAGAGAUGGUACAGAAAGAACUUUGCUUGAAGACACCAAAUCACCAUGUGAAUUAGCUGUCGAGAUGUCAGAGCAUACAAGUUCUAUGGGUGCUGUAUUCUAUCUUGAGGAAAGGGAUCGAAUCUACGUAGCAACAUCGCAUCCGUACCAUCUGCUAUCAGGCGACAGCGUCAACUAUCUUAGUAUUCUCAAGACAUAGAAAAAGAGAAACUAGACUAUUUUAAAUAUACUUGCCGUUGAUAUUCACACUCUCUGCAUUUAAUAUGCUGAACAAUUAUGUUCACAAUAAAAUGGCUUUUUGGACUAUUAUUACUUCACAAUAUCUUAAUUGUUUCUUUUCUUAUUUACACACAUUUCCUUCAAAAUGUUUUAUAUCAAAUACAUAUUAUUAAACAGUAAAAUAUUCUGACAGACCCAGAA